AUGGAAAGUACAAACACGUUUGAAUUUAAGAAAAUCGAUAAGCUUAAUCUGGACAAGUAUAAUGUACCCCCUUACUUUGAAGAAAUUGUUUCGGAAUUCAUUGCAAAAUUGGUUCAAAAAAAUCCGGACAAUCCAUACCUAUUCGCUCUCAACUAUUUUGAUGAAAAAUUGAAGGAAUAUAUACAUAACUGA